AUGUCCCCCAUAACCGCAUCAAAAGGGCGCAACCCCUCCCCAAAAGACGAAUCCUACACGCAAAUGGCAGACACAGAUCUGGAAUCAAUCGGCCGCCACUGUCAAUACGAAUACUGCGGCCAACUAGACUUCCUGCCCUUCCGCUGCGAAUCUUGUCGCAGCACCUACUGCCUAGAUCACCGCUCAGAAACAGCGCACAAAUGCCCGCGCGAAGGCGAAUGGGCACGCCGCCGCAACGGAACAAACAACCAAGAAAACCGCUCCGCCCCCGAAAAACCAAACAUCUACAACUCAGAACAGUGCUACCACGUUCAAUGCAAAACCCUCAUCAACACCUUCAAAGACCCUGCCGUCCGCUGCCCACAAUGUAACUACCAAUACUGCCUCAAGCACCGUCUGCGCGAGGAACACGAUUGCGCCAAGAUUACCCCGCUGGGCGCGAGGCAGGGUAAUGUCGUUACCGCUAACGAUACUACCAAGUCGAUGUUUGCGCGCGUGAAAACUUGGGGCCGUGAUAAGCAGCAGGCUGCUGCUGGUGGGACGCUUUUGCCGAAGCCGAAGCCUAAGCCUAAUAGCCCUGCUGCGCGCACUGUUGCGCUUAAUAGUUUGAAGCGCUCGGCCAAGGGGGACGCAUCUGUUCCCGCGGAUAAGAGGAUCUAUGUGCAUGUUGCUGGGACGGCGGAGACGCAGACUGCUGAGCCGCCGGCUGGGGACUUUUGGUUCGAUUCGAGGUGGAAGGUUGGGCGUGUUUUGGAUGAUGCGGCCAAGAAGUUGAGGAUCGAGAAUUUGAAUAAUCGGGUUGGGGGGGAGGAUGCGAAGUUGCGCAUCUUUCAUGUUGAGUCUGGUGAUUUCCUAGAGUUCUCCGAGUCUAUUGGUGCUGGGAAGGUUAAGCAGGGUGACACGAUUGUGUUGCUGCGUGGUGCUGGGGCUGUUCUUGAGAGUGCAUGA